AAUUUUUAAGUCCCCAAAGCGAUGCGAUUAGACUUGUGGUGAUCUCUCUCUUCUUUUUUUUCGGGUGCAAAACAAAAGGGAUAUUAAAACAAGAGUAUGAACUCGCAUCAAAUUUUGCAAAAAAAUAAGACCAAAAGGGAAUAAAAUAGAAACAGGCCGAGGAGGAAGAGGCGUAGAGAGAGAGAAGAUCAAGCAGCCCCAAAUAGGAAACUUUUUAUGCUCUCCCUUUUCCUUUUCAAGCCCUAUUGGAUUCUACAACAAGUCAGAAAAUUUUGAAAUUGGACUUCUGAUUCAGUAUAGGUAUCGAAUUCGCUUUCUGAUUGAUUUGGUGCUGCAAAAGGCGGAAAUAUUCCUACUGAUUCGGUUAAAGAAGCCCCCAGCACAACAUUGACGAUCUCAGAAAGAUGCAGAGAUGAAACAGUAAUUGCAAGUGUUACUUUGACAAGUUUUACGUUGUGAAGAGUUGUGGUGUAUAGUUAAUGAAAGGGUUUUUUGGAGAAGGAAAAAAGAGAUGAAAGUAGUUGUUAUUGUGUGGUCGGAGGAACAAUGACUGGGUGGUCAUUGGGUCUUCGGACAGCAAGCGAUGGGUCGUUGCAGCAACUGGCACAAAAUGGAGUUUUGCACUCUCAGAGUUCGUUCAGCUCGCGUAAAACUCCAAAGACAUCACUUUCCGGUUCUAGAGAGAAGGAAAGAUGUCUUCCCUCUAUUUGCAGGUUUUUGGUGCGAAGGCAGGUUGGAAUGCUGAUUUUGGUUGCAUUUGCACUCUUGGCUUUUGUUGCAGGAUUUUCGAUGGUUAAUAAAGAUGAUGCAUCAAGGAGUUCUGAAUUGGACUUCAAGGAAUGGUUUGAAAACAACACAUAUCAUCUAUCUGCAUUAUUGCCCAGGAAGGUUAUGGUAUGUGGUGAGAAUACUGCCCAGCUGCCUCCUCCCAAUGCUUCAACUGUGAUAUUGGCUAAAGAUUCCAUUGCUUUUCCUGAUCCUUGUCAAAACUUUGCAUUUCCCCCUCCUCCACCUGGUGAUAGGAGGCGAAUUGGGCCUCGCCCAUGUCCUGUAUGCUACGUUCCUGUGGAGCAAGCGAUAGCUCGUAUGCCUAGAGUCCCAUCACCGUCACCCGGGCUUCAGCAUUUAACUUAUUUCCAUGAGCAAAUUCCCAUGAAGACUGAACCUCACGGGGGUUCUGAAUUUGGUGGGUACCCUUCUUUGGAGGAGAGGAAUGCUUCUUUUGACAUAAAAGAGUCGAUGACUGUGCACUGCGGAUUUGUCAAAGGUUGUAGACCUGGUGAUCGAACGGGAUUUGACAUCAAUGCAGCUGAUCUAAAGGAGAUGGAGCAAUUCCAUGAAGUCAUUGUUGCAUCAGCCAUAUUUGGAAAUUAUGAUGUGAUUCAACAGCCAAAGAACGCUGGUGAAAUUGCGCGAGAAAAUGUUCCCUUUUAUAUGUUUGUUGAUGAAGAAACAGAGGCAUCCUUGAAGAAUUCUAGUCUCUUGGACAGCAGGAAUAGGGUUGGUUUAUGGAGGAUUAUUCUGGUUCGCAAUGUGCCUUAUUCUGAUGCUAGACGCAAUGGAAAGGUACCUAAGCUCCUACUACAUAGGCUCUUUCCUAAUGUCCGCUAUUCAAUUUGGAUAGAUGGGAAGCUUCAGCUUGUUGUGGAUCCUUACCAGAUUCUUGAGAGAUUCUUGUGGCGCCAGAAUGCUACUUUUGCAAUUUCAAGACAUUAUAGACGGUUUGACGUCUUUGAAGAAGCUGAAGCUAAUAAAGCUGCUGGGAAGUAUGAUAAUGUAUCCAUUGACCACCAAAUUGGCUUCUACAGGAAAGAAGGUUUAACUGCAUAUUCGGAGGCUAAGCUUCCUAUUACUAGUGAUGUUCCUGAAGGAUGUGUUAUCAUAAAGGAACAUAUUCCCAUCACAAAUCUUUUCACCUGUCUGUGGUUCAAUGAGGUUGAUCGUUUUACCUCAAGGGACCAGUUGAGCUUUUCCACUGUUAGGGACAAAUUGAUGGCAAAGGUUAGCUGGAACAUCAACAUGUUUUUGGAUUGUGAGAGGCGAAAUUUUGUGAUACAGGCAUACCAUAGAGAUUUACUGGAGCAAAGGGCUCACAUGACAGUUGUGAGAGUUCAUCCUCCACCCGCGUUGGUUCGUGAUCAUUUUUCUAUUAAAUCUCCAGUUAGAAGAAAUCCAAAGCGUGGAAGAGGUGAAAGGAAGUCUAAUUCAAGACGACAUCGCAAAGUUGGUUAUGGGAGUAGGGGAGGCAGCACUUUUUGAUUUUCUUGCUCCCCUUGCGGCCAUUCCUCUUUUGCUGCAAAAGGAAAAAGAAUCUGUUCUCUUUUUUCAACCUAUUUGUUGCUUAUUGUUCAGCAAGGUUAGGACAAUUUUGAUAGGUACUUGUCAAAUGCGCAAAGAAAGAAAUUGGUUUUGCUUUUUUUGAAAGUUGUGAAUAUCAAUUCAAUUUACAUUGUAGAUAUCACUAAUUGAAAUAAUAGGUUGGUUGAUUCUUGUUUUAUAGCUAA